CUCUUUCGACAGUUCCUGGUGGAGUUCGAUGUUUGAUCGACGCUGCAUGCGGAAAAGGCGGAGCCUUAGUCGAGUACCUACCUUUUUUAGUUCAAAACGCGGAUGAGCCGGAAGGUGGUGAGAAAAAUAGAAGUUGUAGUUCUUGUACUACUAAGACGGGAUCUCCUCGACGCGUUGUUCUAGCUGACAUCAGUAGUGAAUCUGUGAAAGAAGCAGAAAGUCGCUGGAAAAACCUUAUCAACACCGGUUAUCUGAACAAAAUCGCGGGACGAAAAGGAAGUCCAGGGAACAAGACCUCCAAAGGCAAAGGAAAGCGUGGCAAGAAGAAUAAGGGCGAAGAGGUCAUUCCUCACGUGACGUUUCAGGUCGCUGAUUGUUUUCAUAACAUGGAAGACGCUGCUGCUGGAGGAUCCUGCCCAUCUUCAUUUUGGAGUCAAUUCCCUAACAAUUCCGUGUGCGCUGUCAAUUGUCAAUUCGCUUUGCACUAUGCUUGCCGUCAGAAAGAGGACUUGAUCGCUGUUCUCAGAGAAAUCGGAAGGGUGCUCAGGCCAGGAGGUGUUUUCUAUGGGACAUUGCCAAACAAUGGGGUCAUCUUAGAGGAGUACGAAAGCAAGAAGCCGAAGGAGUUCAGCAUCACAGAUUUGAAAAUGUUCGAUAAGAACUCUUUUAGUUCUACUACUAGCACAAGCACGACGACGACCACUAUGACUGGCACUGGAACUGGUAAUACUACUAGUACAGAGGCUUUGGCUUGUUCAACAUCAACAACAUCAACAUCUUUCACCAGCUUGUCCACGAAUAAACCUAUCAAUUUGGGAGGUGAAUAUUUUUUCUAUCUGCCGGGCCACGUGGACCCGCCGACAAAGGAGUACUUGGUGCCACUUGAUUUCCUGCUAGAAGCCGCUGAGAGAGCAGGACUACACUGGACUAAUGGCUUGAACUUUCGACAGUAUUGGAAGGAAGCAGUAAAGAAAGGUCUUGUUAGUCCAGAUGGAGGUAACGUCCACGGAAAGGGAAAAAAGGCGGGAAAGAACAAAAAGAAUGGGAACAACUUCUCGACAAGUACAAACCCACCUCCUCUACCUAGUAGCACAACCACAAUAGGAGCCGAUGAUGAUUUUCCCGAAGUUUCAAGGAUUUAUCGUCUUUUCGUUUUUCGCAAACCGGUUUUAGGACCGAAAAGCGAAAGUGCUGGACAAGCACCAGCUCUUGAGAAUGCUAUCUUUAGCUUCACUAGUAACGAGGACAUCAAUCACUUCUAUCACGACGAGGACAAAACCAAGAACGCGAGAAAAAUAGCUGUCUACACUGGUGCCUUCGAUCCUCCACAUGUCAAUCACCUAGACUUCGCACGUUUCCUACUCCAAGAUCGUGGUUUUCACCGUGUGCAUAUGUGCGUGAACGCGAACAGUCCUUUGAAGCCGUUUGCGACGCCAGUAGAGACGAGACUAGAAAUGUUAAAAGCGGCAUUCGAAAACGAAGAAUUGGCAGGUGCUUCAUCGCGCAUCAACGUCCGUGAAAAUAACCAAGGUGACUGGCGCGGUCGCGAUUCUUUGUGUAGGGAAAUACAAGCUAGUGAAGAAAAAGAAGAAGACGGUGUAGCAACAAGCAGAACUACAGAAGUAGAAACGUACCUCAUCCUCGGCCGAGACUCCUAUGAGAAAGCUCUAGACCGGUCUAGCGAUUGGUACGGCAUCAAUAGUUUUCCUUUCAAGAUUAUGGUUUUGCCGCGUGGAGAUGGGGGUGAGGACGGUGACGGUGGAGGCAAAGUGAAGAUUCCGAAAGAGCUGAGCAAUCGUGUCGAAGUCGCUACGGAUUUUCAUGAUCUCGUUGUUACAUCAUCUUCUGCGAUUAGAGCUGCAAUACUUGGUUGUUCUGCUUCAUCUGUGGUCAAUUUGAAGAGUCUGAGUCCUAACGUUCGAAAUUUCAUCCGAGAACACGGUUUGUAUCGCGGACGAACACAAAAACAACUAGAGGUCUUGGUGCUAAUUGGUCCUAGAUUUUCCGGGAAGACGACCUUGGCAUUAGAGCUACUAAGGAUGCAUGAGGAACUUGCUUUCCAAAGUAGCGCAAGUAGCCAAAACCCAAGGCCGUUGGUCAUUUGGGAAAACAUCGAACUCGAAGACAUACCACAAAGGGAAGCAACCAGCGGCAAGACUGUAGAUUGCAUCCUGGAGCUUCGCUGUGACAAGCAGACAUGCAAAAAGCGCGCGGCUUUGAUGAUAGGGCAAGAAGAGGGAGAGGCUGAGACUGCUCAUGCGUAUAAUCUAUGGUCGAAGCGAAAGGCUAUUCGAGCCGAGCAGUUGAAAAAUUUUGAGGCUGCGACAGGACUGCCUGUUGUUGCUUUGGAUAGCUCAGUGAAACAUGCGGAGUCAUCGCAUCUUAAUAAAGCUGGACCGGAAGAGUCACAGUCAACAAGGUCUCAUCUCGUCGCGGAAAAGGCAUGGAUGCUACUCAAAGAGAAAGGAUUUCUUGCGUGACCAUUAGCGUUACAGUUACUCUUGAAAGAUGAUAAAUGACACAAUCCAUCUUCUUCAACUUCAUUCCGUUGUAUGUUUCACUCCACGACCAUCUCCAUCCUUAUAACUUCAAGCAAACCUUUCACACCGCAGUAUGGACUUUGACGCAACAACACAACACAAGACAAUGACGCAACAACACAACACAACAUGAAAGAUCUAAACACGAGCAUUGUCUCGACUUCUCAUAUUAUGCGUCACGCUAAAAUUUCACGCAGAACAAGCUUCAUGCUUAAAGAUUCAUGGCCAUGAUGAAUUUGAAUUCGCAUAGUACCUUUAAGAUGGAACAAAAGAUCAUUUCAAAUUCAUCAUCGAUCAAACAGAACCACGUGUCCACCUCUCUACCUACAAAAAAAAAAUAGCACAU